GGAAACAGGAAGUUGGAUUCGUGAAGCGGCUAGUUUAACUCGGUAGAGAGGAUGUUAGAAACAACAAAUACUUUCAGGAACUCAGAAAUACUGUUUUGGUUUUAAGCAAAUGUUGAACUACGCAGUUUUGCGCCUUUUGCCUUUGUACCCGUGCAGUUUAUUGUUUCAGAAGGAAUUUGCCACCUGAACGAAAGUAAACUUUUUGUUAGCAUGCUAGCUUGUUAACUCCGUGCAAGUUUCCUUCAUACUCUGAUAUGACUGCUGUGAUGGUUUCCUGAGAUCCACUAACCUGUGAAAUCAACACUGGAAGGUUAAGAUAUCCACAGUCAAUCAUCAGAAAACUACUGCGGAGAAGAACGGUGGAUGUCGUGAUGGGAGAAAAGGAGCUAAGUCUUAUUGACAAGAGUGUAACAAGGUACUAAAGAGUUUCUCUUACAACCGUCACAAAAACUAUCUUUAUCGCUGUUUAUCUGAUUCAACACUUAGUAACAUUGAAAAUCCAUCGUUACAAACUCACCAGCUGAAAGUAGACUUUGUGGUAAAGUUGAUAUAUUGGGUUAAAUUAGAUUCCCCAGGUGUUCAGAACUAUAUAGCUGUUCAGUGUAAGUUCACUCCCACUGAUUUCAAAAUGUUUAUGAAUAAAAGUUCAGAGAAACCACGAGGGUCGCAAAGGGGUGGAAAAUUUCCAGAAACUUUCCAUGGGAAGUUAAGCUGGGGAAUUUUUUGGAAAUAUUCCAAAUUGGAAACUUUUCAUGGGAAUUAUGAGAAUUAUUGGGAGGUACUGGCAAAGGUAUUGACCAUAAAAGAAAGCUGCACCUUGGUAUAGAUAUGAGAUAUACCUACAAAUCAAGUGGUCUUUGUUAAAAUAAUCAGAGGUUGUUGUGUCACUUUGUUACUUUGCUUCUAGUUUGCUUGAUGUCCCUCUCAGUCCAAAUGUGACUUCACUCAACCUGCACUGCAAUCACAUCCAAAGAAUCGAGGGCCUGGCCUCCACUUGGCACUUGCGGCACUUAGAUCUCUCCUCCAAUUGCAUUUCUAAGAUUGAGGGUCUAAAUUCCCUUACUUCACUGAGGACUUUAAAUCUAUCCUGCAACUUAAUCACCAAAGUUGAAGGUGAGUCUUGAGUCACUAUUGUAAACAGACAAGAGAUGUUUUGGCUUUGUGGGUGUUCACCGAGUAAUAACUCUUCAUUACAGAGUCUUCUGUGUACACUGACAUAUCUGCUGUUUUUUUAUGGACUGUAAAAUCCUCCAUUCGCUAAAGUCUCCUCCCUUUUACCUCAGGAUUGAAUGGCCUCGUGAACCUGACAAGGUUAAACUUGUCCUAUAAUCAGAUAAACAACUUAACCGGUGAGUUUAAUAUGGACUGUACCAAUUUGUACUUCAAUGAAAACACAAACUAAUGAUUGACAUAUCAAUGUUGUUGAUCAGGUUUGUUGUAUCUUCAUGGCACGGGCUAUAAGUUGAAGCACCUCAGUCUCCAUGGCAACUACUUGGACAGUAUUGAUCACCUCCUGCAGUGUCUGCUGGGAUUGCAGAGUCUAAGAGAGGUCACUUUGAGUGAGGAUUGUAAAGACAACCCUGUGUGCAAGUCAUCAGGUAAGACAUAAAGAGAAUCAAUUUAGGAGGACAGUUAAAGAUGUUGGCCCAAAUGUGUCCUGUAAAGAUUGAUAAGUCAGAAAGUAAGAUGAGGUGAUAUCAACUUAAGAAUGACACACCCAUCUUACAGCAUGUACAGAAUUUUUGACAAAUGGGUGUAAUGGCUCUAGUCCAAUUUUGACCUGCAAGGAGAAAAACAAACUGAAUAUGCACCUUUGAACACAUAAAAGCCGAUUUGCAACCUCAACUUCAAGAAAAUAAUACUGCGUAGUUGUCACCAAAAAUACUUAUAUUUUUGUUUUUGUUAUGGAUUUUUAUUGAAAAGCUACAUUUUCAGAUUUUUGUUGUUGUCGAAAUACACUGAAUAAAAAUCAGGUUGUAAAAAAAUGCCUGACAAAACCAUGCCAGAUGCGAUAAAUACAUCUUAUGUAUUUUUUUACUUUUAAAUUUUAUUUAUCAGGGAAAACCUCAUGUUGGAUUAAAAAUCUCUUUUUACAGACUGUCCUCCUCAAGACAGCAGAAGCACGUUCCCACAAAGUUACAGAUAUACAACACAUGAUAAAAAAAGUUUUACUUAUCCUGCAUCAUCACAGUCUGAUGCAUGAUCCUCCAUAGCCUUUAGUCUAUUUUCAAAAUUCUCCUGCAGUAAAUUCCUAAAACUCUUUUCACCCUUGUUACCCAUUUCAUCAUAUUAUUUACAUUAUAUAAAUAAGAUAUUUAUCAUAUGUAUACUGUAUGCUGAAUAUGAGUCAAAAUGAAAAACGUCAAUUUCCACUAAGGCAACAACAUAAACUUAAUGACCACACCCAUAUUAUUCUGUAUAUUUGUUAUAAUUACAUUAAAUAUUUUGACAUUUAUAAAUAUGGACUCUGGGGGAUGUGCUCUAUCAUUGAUCUUUUGCCUGAUGGUCUGCAAUGUAAAGAUAUGAACCUUUUAGGGAAAUGUGCAACAGAUUUGACUUUAUAGUCAUUUUAGUGGCUAUAGAUUGAUUUUGCGUCCAAAAAUGAUGAACAAUGCCAACUUUGUUCAGAAUGACCACUAAAUCAGCACUGCCUUUAACAGUUUAAAUGUAUUACUCAAUAUUUCUUUAGCUCAAGCUGUUACUGGGGACAGUGACCUCUGUUGAAAUUUAAAAAAGUGUCAUAAUCAUCAUCAUCCUCUCUACCGCUUUCUCUAUGGUUGUUAAUGAACCAUUUGUAUUCUAGUUGAGGACGAUAUUUUCCAAAAUAAUGAACUCAGUACCUCCUCUGUGUUGUUUUUAUUAAGGUCACAAUGAAACGAGGUGUGGUAAAACUGACCCUGUGGUCUAGUUAUCUCUCUGUGCAUCUUAUGUCUCUGUUUCCCCAUAAUCUGACUGACAGUAGGGUUAUGAAAGUAAAAAAUAUCCUUUAAUGAUGUGCAGCCGUUAUCCUUAUCUCCCUGCACAUAAUGAAUUCUCAGUAGUAGGUGUGGGGAGCAUGUGUUUAAUUCCAUGAGGGCAUACUUAAAAGCAUUCUUACAACCCUUGCUGUCAACAUGAGUGGAUACAUUUAUAUUAGCAGAGCUCAGUUCUUAUUAAGAGGGCUGCAUCAAUAGUGAAUGUGAGAAUGGCAUACAUGCAGGAGAGGCUGUUCAUUAUGAUAUAGAUUAUUUGAUUUCAUGCAACAUAACCUCCACAACACCUGAAGAUUUAUCUGGGCCAUAAACCCCCGCUGUGAUCAAACUGAGUGAUGGUUUCUGAGGACAGUCUGUCAGCUCCAGUGUGUAUGCUUUGUGUCUGUCUUUCUGCAGGUUACAGGGAAGUUGUUAUGCAGUCCUUGCCACAAAUCUCUGUUCUGGAUGGCCUGGACCGACUGGGAAAUCUUUCCCAUCAAGGUUUAGGAAGUCCUUGUGAUAUCCCAGGACUAGAGGACUACGUGGACCUCCUACUGUCUUCAGAUGAAGCUGUAAAUAUUGAUACGGCAUUACCACUGCAGAGCAUCAUAUUUUUUACUGAUGGCUAACUUCAGCUUUAAUUCCCUUAGGAAGUCUGUAAAGAUAAGAUAUACUUUCCACAAGAAACACCUGAGCAACAUGGAAAAGUGUCCUGGAAGAUUACACACAACUAAUUAUCUACAUGAAAUACUAUGAAUUAUGGUUUUAAAAAGCAUCAAUAGUACAAAUGUUUGAAUAGGACAAUGCAAAACUAAGUUUAACUGGUUAAAAAGUAAAUUGGGAAGAGGUUAAAAAAAUUACCAGGACAGAAUUUGUGUCUUAUUACACAGUAGCCUAUUAUACUGACAAAACUCUGAAAUGCUAAAAUACAGGUUAGUUUAUAAAAAAAAUGUCUGUCAGUUGAUAAGUGCUUUGUAUCGACAAAAACUUUGUCCUGAUUCUGACAAGUCUGGAUCUUUUUUCCACAAUUAUGACAUUAUAUAGUUACAAACUCAUGGGAAGAAGAAAAGAGACAUUUUUCAAACGUUCUAUACAUGCUUUCUGAAAGUACAACAAGAAAAACUGAGAUUAAUUUAUAAAAAAAACCAACUGAUUUACCUUCAAUUACUUCGAUGUGUGACUGUGUUGUAAGUAGUAACAUAUAGGAAACUCUGGUUGGUCACUAUAUUCCCGGAAUAUUCUGCAAUUAAGGGUGAUUAUCCCAUCUGGUGAAAGUGAGGGAAUCUAGUCUCCAGACUGAUAAGUUAUCUACUACUUUUAAUCCACCAGAUGGGAAAAUCCAUCUGUUUUUUUUUAUAUUAGCCAAUAAAGCAGCUGCAGGGGAGCAUAACACAGUCAGAGUGGAAAACUUAAUAUCUGAAAAUGUUCUCAGGAAAAUGGAAAAAAGAGAUAAUUUAAGUUUCCACUGCAGGUUAGAGGGGAUGUUUCCCUCACCACACCCCGCAUUGAUGAGGUCCUGACCCAGUUUCGACAGAGGAUUGCCUCUGAAGCAAUCACGGAUCCUCUCGCGCAACCAGAUUUUCAGAGCUUCCAGCAGGUUCGUUCCGCUGUGGCUGAUCCAACAGACCCUGUUAAUGAACAACGCAUCAGGAAACUGGAGCACCAGGUGUCCCAGCUCAUCCAGCAGGUGCAUAUUUAACACUGCUGUCAGCCAUGAACUCCUUUAUCAAGAUGUGUGUGAGGUUUUGUAUCCAGAGGCUUAGAUGUAUAAUGUGAAGAGAUAUCUAUAUUACCAGUUUAUGCAGUUGCAUGGAUUUGGCCUGCAUACACAUCCCUGUAUCUGUCCAUACAAUCAUUUUCUCAAGGAGAGCUGUCUCAGCAAGUUGAUCAAAACUGUCCUCUCCCCAGCAACACUUUCCAGCUCCUCCUCUGGGUUCCCAAGGCGAGGCCAGGUGGGAUAUGUCAUGAUUUUUUUCUAUUGACCCAGGCACCUGCAGGUGACAAAUCCAUCGUCUCUGCUCAUCCUGUGGUGACAGUUCGGAGAGCCAAGAGGGACACCGACCGUACGUCAGAGAGUGAGUGUGACAGUGGGAAGGAAAACAGGAGGCGCACCAGGAUCCCAAAACAUCGUAGCAGCUCAGCGUCAAAGGCAGUCCCCAAAGAAAUGAGGCGCCAGAGAUCAGACAGGUGAGUCUGCACCUGUGUUAGGUGUUAUAUAAACUGGUAGAAUAAUAACUGCUAAGCUGUUAGAGCAAGUUAUUGUCACCAUUUCAUGUCAUGAUUUGGACCCACGGUUGUUAAAAUUGUGGCAGACUGUUUCCCCAAAAUUCUCCAGAACUCACCGUUUCAGCUAUUGGUCACCAAAAAGAAAACACACACACACGCAGAGUGCAUUCAAGAAUGAGAAAAGCAGCAGCUUAUAUAGAGCUUUAUAUGCAGCUUCACUCUGCUUUCAUUCAGGUUAAUGCCACCAGAUCUGGUGUGGAGAAAAUCUUUCUACUGCAGAGCUCAAAAGGUUUGUAGUAGUAAAUUUCCCCCUGAGAUGAGGUAAACUUCCCCCUUCUGUGUAAGAAAUUACAGCUGUCACCUCACUCCUGUGAUUAAUGACUGCGCCUCUUUGGUCAACCCCCUCAUCUUACUUCAUCAGCCCCUGAUGGCAUGUUCUCAGGAUUCAGUAAUUUAACUUAAGUAAUCUCCUAACUGUCCUCGUCAAAAGCAAGGUGAUUUUCUUCUCACAUUAGCCCCGAAUCCAAUUCAAAGUUGUUCAGACUUUGCCUAUACCUACGAAAGUAAUCUGCUUUGACCUUUAUAGAGCCAGACGUUAGCUCGAGGGCCUUAAUCAAUUUCACAGCUGGCUCAAUAUCUGUGAUUUUGUUUUAUGUGCAGCGAUCAGGAGAACCAUAAACAGAGGACUUUAAAGUCUGCUGUGGGGACCGUGAAGAAGGCUGGAGGCACAGGGGGACCAACACGGAGGGCACCUCUGAGAUCUGCCAAGACCCCAAGCGACAUGAAAACCAAGCCUGUUGAGGAGGAGGAAACCUACAGGGUACAGAAAUGAUAGAUCACCUGCAGACUGAAUGGCAGCUUUUUAAUGAGUGACUCUAAUGUGUUAAAGGUCAUGUUCACAUCUGAGCCUGUGAGACUAUAUUUCCAUUCAGGCAUACUUUUAUUUUGUUUGUUUAAAGCCUUCACCAAACAUAUCCAUAAAGACAAGUACAUGUAGAAAUAAUGUACUAGAUGCCACUUUCAAAGACAACUACAAAAUCUGAGCAUCUGAAUAUUUUUGACUGGACAGAAACAGGUCUAAGUGUUUUUACUGACAUUAACAUAUGAUACUUUACAAACAUCUAGUCCCAAAGCAUCUUUCCUGUAACACCAAAUAUCCACUUUCCUGAUUUUUAUAUCGGCUGUAACUCCAACUUGACCCAAGUGAGGCUUAUUUCAAAUGCAUCCCCAUAACAUUAUCCAAUAUUUUCCUUUUGCCCACCGGGCAACCAGACUGCAAAGUUUAUGUUUAAGUAAUCUAUAUGCUCGCUGCAUUUUAGCCUUGAGCCUGAGCCCAGUAGAGGUGAGAGGUAGUUCAAGGAAGUCUGACAGGCUCACUUAGGUCUGUCUCCACUCUGCCAUAUUUUAUUUCAAUUUCAAACUUAGUUUGAAGCCCCAACUGACAACUGACUCGAAUGACAUUCCUGGAGGCAGACAAUCAGACUUUUCAGUGCUCCCUCUGGCUCCUACAUCCCCCACUCGUGUCAACUGGAAAAAGAACUGUGUGUAAAUUUGUUCUCUGGUUUACCUUUUUUUGCUUCAAUAUGUGCAUGUUGAUUCCCAGUGGAUGAUGGAUGAGUUGCAUAAGAUGUUGGUGCAAAAUGAUGGCAGAAUUUUAUAAACAUCAUUUCUUUCUUUACAGAACAGGGAAUAAAUUAUUUUCAUUAUCACCACAACAACCAAGUAAAUUCAUCGUAUCUAGGUUUAAGGGGAGGGUAGAUGCUACAUUGUCUUUUGCAUUAGGCUGUCUCUGCAUAAGAGCUUUUUCAUCACGCUUUGUAAUGCAAAGCCAGCAUAUAUAUUACAAAACCGUGUCCACAGUUUUCAAAACUUUGCCCUCAAACAAAUCACAAGGCGUGGAUUACAUAUCCAUGUGCAUGAAUCUAUAGACGGUGCAAUUUAUGAUGACACAAUUUUUCAGCUGACACAAGUGGGGCCCCAUUGAAUUCAGAAUCCUUUAAACAGCUCUUUUCACAUACGCAGUAUAACCCUGAAGACCUUUAAUUUGAUUCACACAAAUUGUAGAACCAACUUUUAUUCCUAUCAAUAUAAACCAAUAUAAUGUGUCAUGGGACCAAAAGAUAUGAAAAUAAUGAAGCGUUUGGUGCUGCUUUCUGUUUUUGUGUGCUGCUCAGACUAUUGUGGAGGAGCGAGACCAGGAGAGGGAGAGGCGCUGGAAGGCUGAGCAGGCUGUGAGGAAACUAACAGAGGACCUAAAGAGUCUGCAGACAAAGGUCGGCGAGGAAAAAGACCUUCAGAGCAUGGCCCUGCACACCACCGACAGGCAAGAGGACACACUGAUGCAUAAGUUGACACUAACUGCUUCCACUUCCACACAAAUCGACUCCGUAACUUUCAAGCAGAUAUUAAGAUGAAAAAAGAUAAUUGAACUUGUCUCUGCGGAAUUUAGUUGUCAGCUGCAUAAUGGAUUCUCAUCCAUUUCUACCUUCUUCCUCUUUUGUUUUGGCCCUCCUGAGACCCGGGCCGGCUGCCUGUUUCAUUCUUAAACAAUGAGAAUCCAUCCCACCCAUAAAAAUCCUCGCUAUCACUUGUCCCAUUGCUCCACAUAAAAUCAGGCACACACUCUGGCUCCAUUACCCAGAAAGUAUGCCUGCAGUUGUCUGUGAUAAUGGCGCUAUUUAGUAUAAAGAUCAUUAGCCUACGCACCCUUCUUGCUUGCAUACCUUAUAUUUAAAAUCCAGAGGCUGUAAUUAUCUAUAAUUAAAUAUGCCUAUCUCUUUCCCUACAUGCAUGUAAGAACAUUUAACUGUGUGGGUUCUUCCUCCUGCACUGCUCAGAUAGUGCCAUGUGUGGCUAUAACGGGCAUUUAUUCUUAGUUGCCUCUCACUGUGCUUAGAUAAAUCUGCAUUAUGGUUGUAAUUAGAAGCCUGGUGACAAGCAUAUGUCAACAUUAUUGCACAGAUCAAUCUUGACUGUCACUUUCUCAUGACACUGAACAGGCCUGCCUUUGUUAACUCCCUCUCUCAUCAGGAGACAGAUGACAGAGGAGUGACUCAUCUUACUGUAGGUGGCCGUGUACUCACUUAGUUUAGCAGUUAUUAUGUGUGUCCUGAAUUCUCCCAGCUUGUUUUUCCUAGGCUGCCCUUGUGCCUGAUGCUUUUUUUCCUCCUGAGAAUCAUUUUCUAUGUAUUUCCAUUUUCUCUCCUUCGAGAUAAGAUUUUACUCCUCUAUUGUGUCAGACUUUCUUAAUUUCACAAGCUAUAACAUCGUAACAGUGGGACAUAAACUGCAGAGGGCGGUGAAGGUUAUCACAUAGUUGGUGUUGGUUGCAUAUACCAAUUUACAUAAAGAUAAAAGACGACAUCCUGUGUAUCCAUCCUGCUGCUGCUGCUGCUGCACACUGAUCAUGCUUCUCCCCAUCCACUCCAGACUGAAAGAAAUGUUGCUAAAGGAGCGAUCAGGGCGAUCUGAGCUGCAGACUCGUGUCGAGGAGCUGGAGGGGAGAUGUCAGUCUCUAAGCCAGCAGCUGGAGCAAGCCCGCAGCGGUGAAGAAAAACACAGGAGUGCGCUGUGCAGACUGGAGGAAAGCAUCUCCCAUGGUGAAGCACUCAGGGCUCGCCAGCAGGCCGAGGAGGUAGAGACAUUGUUUAGUAUGCCUGAGCGAACCUGUUUCACAGUUUGAUUCAGGUUAUCAACACAUUUUAUCAAGUUAGAAAUCAGAGGUUGUUUCGAGUAGUGCAGAGCUAAAUACACUGUCUGCAGUUUCUGUUACAUACAAAUGAACAUGUUAACUCAUCACCCUCCCUGUGAUGUACCCAUUUUUCCAAAAUCGUAUGCCCUGCUGGAGAGUGAACAAAUGCAGACAAAUGGGCGUCAUUUGGCUCAAACAGUGCAACAGGCUGCCACUAAAUAUGGUCUGACUUUCUUUAGAUGAAGCGGCAGCAGGAGUUGGAGAACAAAGCAGCAGCUCUGAAGAAAGAGUUGGACAUCCAGAGGGCCUCGGUGCGUCAGCACAAAGACAAACUUCAGCAACUGCAUGAGCUGUUGGCAUGCAGAGAACAAGAGCACAGGUAGGAAGGUCCCUUGAGAGUGGUGGGCUUUAUUUCUACGCCGUUGACAGGCAUAAAAAAAAAGAGUGAGUCUGAUGAAUGACUUGAGACUGAAGGUUACAGCCACUGAUGGUUUUAGGAGCCAGUAAAAACUUAAAUAAGAAGGCAGUUCAAGUGGUAAGGCCUUAUAAAGAAAGAUAUACCAGUAUACUGUUGUGAAAGGAAGACAGACUUUCACACAGAAGACACAGUGACAACCAAGACCAGAGACAAAUCACAAUACGGCAUGGUACACUGAGGCCAGCAUUUUCAGAGAGAAUGAGGCACCAUGCAUUUAGAGCAUAUCACCAUAGUCGAUCGAAAAAUGAAAAGGUCUCUUGGAAACCAUUUUUCCGAGCAGCAAAAGAAAAACAGUUUCUGUUUCAAUAGAAGAAACCCAAUUUCACCCUCUCUUUUUGUUAGACUCUGGAUGUGAUGAUCAAAAACAGAUUUUCUUCGAGGAGAAAACUCUGGUACUAGUAUGUUGGGGCACAUUCAAUCACCUCUGUACAAAGAUCUGACAAUCAUCUUUCACAGUCUCAGACCUUGAAAAGUGCAAAAUUUAAGUCUCUUGAAUUAAGAACAGGCCCUGAAGUACAAACAUUUAUCUGAACAACAUUAAAGCAGCUUGUAGGCUAUUAACUGCCCUGGAUAAAGAAAAUGACAAAUUAUACACAGUCGUAUUGUCAGCAUGAAAAUUAUAGCUCUGUCCUAAUGAUUUUAAUACAAAUCAGCAUUGACAUCCUUUAAGUGUGAAAUCUUUUAUUAUAUACCAUCCUUGUUUCUGUCGUCUUACAGAAAACAGUUGGAGUUGCGGUUGCAGCCCGGUGGGGCAGAUUUCUGUGAGGCAGUGGCGAAAGAAGUUGCAUCAGUCGAGCAACGACACACCCACAGGGAGGCGGAGUUGCAGGAGAAAUUGGCGGAAGGCAGGAAACAGUAUGCCGCUCUGGAGGAUGAGUUCCGUAUGGCACUAACCAUCGAGGCGGCUCGCUUCUCUGAGGUCUGUUCUGAUGUGAACCUCUGCCAUUCAAAUGGCCCGGUCUACUUGCUAAAUUCUUUCGUCCUCCUUUUGCACAGAACAUCUUUGAAAUGAUUGCCAUGUCCAGUAAGAAAGGGAAAUGAUUGAACUAGAAUUGAACCCAACACUGUGGAUUUUCCUUUUUUCAGCCUGAUGAAAGCUGAGAUUGAAUAAGAUCAUCACUGCAGAGGUAGUCUGUGAUUGCCACAGGAAGAAAGCCAUACAAAAAGAUUGGAUCAAUCUGCACUUUCUCCCUUCAGUUACAGAUUUUAUUCUGCCUGUGCAGGGAAUGUCAUCUGGUCUUGAUUGCUGCAGCAUACACGCUGCUCUACUGUACUGUCAGUAACCUUUGACUGUUGGAAUACUGAAUAAGACUCAGAUUGCCAGGGAAACCAUCAGUCAGUGAAACAUUUGAAAAAUUGCUUUCUUUAAGUCUGUGACUCUAAAAGAUUUUCUGUCAGACCUCGGGUGUGACAUUGAUUGAUGAAAUUGUCAAUCGAGUAAAUGCUUGAAGCUCUUCACUCUGUCAAACUCCCAGAUGUCUCAUCGGCAUUCAGUUCCACACCCUUACUCUUCCUUUACAGGUAAAAGAAGCUUGCGAUCAGAUGACUGCAGAGCUUAUGGGGGUCAAGGCGAUGCUUGCCAAGUCCCAGGAGAGGGAGAAGAAAUCAGGCUCUCUGGUGCAGGAGCUCACAGCCAUGGUCAAAGAGCAGAAGAACCGCAUUUCUGAGCUCAUCAAAGCCAAGAAAGACGCUAUCACUGAUCUGAAGGUACAGCAGUGGAAUCAAAGAUAGAGAUUGAGCUGAUUUUUAUUUCGUGCAGCACCUCAACCCCUUGCAGAUAAAUUUUCUUAUCGGAUAGAUGUGUAAAGUUUAUCACCUCUUGGCAUCACUCUUUCCCAUUCAGCCAUUAUUCACCCUGAGCCUGUGAAAGCCAUCAGGUAUACUGAAUGCUCCUGCUGCCUUUCCAUCUGUCAGCCAGGGCAGAUGGCCAUUGAUCAUUAAUACUGUCCCUCUGUCUGCCCCUCUGAUAGGGCCGCCUGCAUUCUUUAGAAGCAGAGAUGGAGCAGGACCGGCGCCUGAGCCUGCAGCUUGAGCUGCUAAAGAAAGACAAGGCUCGACUGCUGUCUCAGCUCACAGCUCAGGAGUCAGUGAUAGACGGUUUGAGAGCAGAGAGGAGGAUCUGGGGCCAGGAGCUCGCUCAGCAAGGUGGGAAGACAAGAUGGUGUAAGGUCUGGACUUUAAAUGAGCCUCAUUGUGCAUGACACAGACGAAUAAACACUUGCACAGAUCUUCAUUGUUGUACAUUUUACUUUAUAAUGAAUUGCCCCGGAGGAGGCCCCGUGUCACCACUGACAUUUUUGGGAUUAUUCUACAUUGCCAAUAUGAAGAAGUUAUGUAUCAGGGCUGACUUAUUUGAAAGCUGAUGUGUUAUUUUGUCUGUGUUGAGUCAAGUCUGCCAUCUAGUGGCAUCACCAAUAUACCUAUGCAUCCAUAAAGUUAGACAAGUCAGCACACAUAGUAGACUUUAAACACACAAAAAAUGCAAAUUCAUGUGAGGCAUGAUAAACCAGAACAAAGGAGCAGAGGGAAAAAAAUAAAUUCAUACAAACUACAAAAGAAGAAACAAAAUGGAUGUUUAAGUGUUUGAGUUAAAUCUUUCCUGCUGGCUUGAGAUACAUGAUUGAGUUCAGUAUUUCACGAGUCUCUCUUCAUUAGGAGCAUCUUUGGCUCAGGACCGUGGACGUCUAGAGGCCAGGAUUGAGGUGCUAAGCACCGAGCUGGAGACACAGAAGAAACAGAACCAGAGGGACAAUGAUGCCUUAAAAAUCAAAUCAAAAAUCAUUGAUGACCAGACAGAGACAAUCCGCAAACUCAAAGAGGUAGUAGGAAGCCUGUUUUACUGGAACCUGACACUACAUGCAUUUGCUUAGUAUUAGCCACAAAUGUUGUAUAUGUGUUUGUAUGUGCAAAUUGAGUAUCUCUCAGUGUUGUCCUGCUUUUGUUUUGAGACAAACUGAAAUAAUUUCCUUGUAUCCUUCUCUGACCCCUGCUGAGUAAGGCCUCGCAGGAGCGUGAUGAUCAAAUCCGUAGGCUGCGGGAGGAGUCGGUCCAGGCCCAGAAGAGGCUUCAGCAGCAGCUGGAGGAGGAAACAUCUCAACAGGCUGAGUUGAGGGAGCAAGUGGAGCAUCUGCGUCUGCGCAAAGAGGAGCUGAAACAGCAGCUGGAGGAUAAGGAAGCCGAGCUUGAGGAAGUCAAAAAAAUUUACAGGCAAGAAUUUCAUCUAAAAAACAGACAUGCCAACUAGAGCUUGCAAGAUAAUUUUAUUUAUGAAGCCUGUUAUAAACUUUAUACCAUCAGCGUGAGUGUGUUAGAGCUGCUAAACAUGUUCUUCUCCUAAAGUCUACCUACUCUGUCUUCUUAGUAAUUCCAGUAGAAAGUGGCAGGAGAAAGCAGAACUGCUCACUCAACUGGAGAGCCAGGUGAAGCGCAUGAAGGACAACUUCGAUUCCAAAGAACGAUUGCUCCUGGAGGAAAGAGAUAAAGCAACAGAAGCACAAAAGUACAUAUAAUAAAGAAUACAACUUUAAAAAAAGAAACUUAAAAUCUCCUAAACUUUGACCACAAAAUUCAGUGUCAUCUUACGUACAACACAACAGCAUAUACUGUAGUUGUCCAGCAUUUGUCAGCUGUACCAGGUAACGUUGUAUCUCUUUAGUUGCAUAUUAUAAAUAACUUACCACAGAUUUAAAAUAGUCUGUUGCUUGAGAGGUUAUCCUGAUUCAAACCCUUCACAAUAACUUUGAAAAAGUUUGUUUGUACUUGAGUGUUGACUGUAUUUUUUUUAUGUCUACCACAAUGGGAGCGUAAACUUUUAUCCUACCAUCUUUCACCAGCUGGAAACAGGUUAGAACAGCUCUGAAGCUCUCCUCAUUCCUGAAGGAGAGGAAAGUUAUGUCCUCAGUCAGACACGACGAUAAAAUGCUUUUCUUACCCAAAAGCCCAAAGGGAAGACACAGUUUGUGUGACUUUGAGAAUUUUCAGACUAAAAAGGCAAAUAGUUAGACACAGUCCUUCUCCAUAGAGAGCGAGAUAACUUUGAAGAAGAUUUUAGAACAGUCAUACCUCUGUAGUUUAAAUUAUGAACAGCAUGUGUUUGACAAGUUCCCCCAGAGACGGGGUAAAUUAUUAAGAAUAAAUAAAUAAUUUGUUAGUCAAGAUUCAGGAAUAGCCUCAGUAUUUAAGCAGACUCCAAAUGUGUAUACCUGUCAUACUAAAAGCCACAACAUCCCAAGAGUGCUUUACGUGAUGUUUGUUUUAUUGUCUGGCAGAGCUGUGUCGGAGAAGUUACGCUGCGUUGAUGAUGCAUUUCGAAGACAGCUAGAAUCUUGUCAGGCUGCCCAUCAAGCUGAGCUGCUACGCCAGGCCAACAAAAAGCAGAAACAGAUCGAACAGGCCAAUCAGAAGGUAAAAUACAGAUGAUAAAUUUGAAAGUUACAGGGAAGAACAGACUCACUUAAGUCUUUAAAAUGGCUUCAAAUUUAGGACAAAACUAGUUUUAGGACCAUGUAUUGUCAUGUUAUUCAUCAUAUUUAAGCUGUCAGUUUUUUCAUCUCUUCCUCAGGUGUUUGAGGUGGAGGAGGAAAUGCGUCAGCUGCUUGAGGAGACAGAAACCAACAAGAGAAUCAUGGAAGAGAAAAUGAGACGGCUAACAAGUGUAUUAAAAGACUUCUGAUGAAGGAUAUGUGCUUCCUAUGAGGCCUCAGUAGUGUACAAUUUUGUCAAAUAAGACUGUAUUAAAUUAUUGUUUUUAGUAUUUUCAAAUUUAAUAAAAAAAAAUCUUUUAAAGAGAA